AAAACGUGUACAUAUGGGACAUCCAAGAUAUCUUCAAAACAGCUGGCCUAGAAGAUCUCUUGUCCAUACCUGAUGCACAAAAAUCUGAACUCAAAAACAAUGUAUCAGAUGCUAAUGCUACGCGACGUCCGCCCAUCCGUCCAGCCCCACGCCAAGUGCCACAAGGUUUUUUCGAUAACGUGCAAGGCGGCAGUCCUUCAUCCACUACACACCCUGAUCCACCUCUGCAUCGCCUCCGCAAUGCUUUUGCACUAUCCUGGGGAUCACGUCCACGUGCGCUGCUCGCUGGCCUUCCCUCGCUCUUCCACCGUUCCCCACCCAACACCGAUGAACUAAACGAACUUCAGCAACGUCCACUGGGACCUGGUACCUCCUCUCGUCGCAGUCCUCCUGUUGUCGAUGUUCCUGCACUAGAUGACAAGAAGGCACUGUAUGUUGCUCGGCGGCCGGAACGAGCUCGCGACAAAGCAAAAUGCGUCGACAACUCCAAAUGGUGGGCUCGUGCUGUGCUGUUCCUCUGCUGUGCGUCUUCGUCCAACGACGACGGUCACUGAUGGUUUUAGAACAUGAACGAUCAUAUUCACAUUAAUAUCCUCCUUCUAUUGUAUUUCAGCGCUUUUCUGUUAUAAUUAAUGACAAUCAUUGACGCCACAUUC